AUGAAGAUUUGUCUCGCGAUUUUUUUAUUUGCCACGUUAGCAAUUCAAAAUUCUGAAGCUCGGACCAGGAUGACCGUAGCAUCACCCUGCGCGAAAUGCAGUGAACCUUAUUCGGAAGCAUCUGAAAAUUGGACUCAAGGAGGCUGUUCUUGUCUAGACGAAGAUUUUCCGAUUAAAGUUUUCUCAAAAGACUUCCAGAAUUUCUGCUGCAGCAAAUCUUGUCCAAAAUGUGAAAGCUUCACCUUAACAUCAAGUUGCGAAUGUUACGGAGAAACUAACAAUACCUAA